UGUGUUAGUGGACACAUUGCUCUCUGCACUGCCUCUGUGGUCCAGGUGACACAGACAGAGAUCACUGUGAUACUUGACAGGAAUCUGCAGAAUACCAAUUUUAACAGUGAUGCUGUUUACCGACUGGAUAAAAAUGACUCCUUUAACUCCAUGGCAUCUAAUUACACAAAUCUUUCCAAACUUUUGUCAGAUAAUCCACACAGUUUGAGACUUAGGGAGCUGAUCAUUGAUGCUAGGAAGCCCGAGUUUGAACUAACAUUAGCUAAAGGAGCAAUAGAAAAAGUGAAACAUAUAUUCAAAUCACUCAACAAGCCACAGAAAACUGCCAUAUUGAAGAUCCUAAUGUGCAAAGACUAUGUGUUAAUGAAAGGCUAUCCUGGCACAGGAAAAACAUCCACAAUUGUUGCUCUUGUUCGUAUUCUGCACCAGUUGGGACUUUCUAUCCUCCUAACAAGUUACACUCAUUCUGCUGUGGAUAACAUACUGCUGAAACUGAAAAAGCUUGAUCUGAAAUUUUUGAGACUUGGCCGAGAGUCCAGGAUACAUCCAGAUAUCUUGCCGUAUUCUGAAAGUACUCUCACAAAGAACAUCAAAACUGUUGGAGAUCUAGCAGAAUUUUACACAACUAAGCAAAUUGUGGCAACCACCUGUUUGGGGACCAACCACGUGUUGUUCACAAAGCGCAGGUUUGACAUCUGUAUCAUAGACGAGGCAUCCCAGGUCCUCCAACCCACCUGCUUUGGACCCCUGUCCUGUGCUGCCAAGUUUGUGCUGGUGGGGGAUCCUAAACAGCUGCCACCUGUGGUACAAAGUACAGAAGCAAGAGACUUGGGAAUGGAUGAGAGUUUGUUCAUGAGGUUGGACAAUACUGGAGCCACAUAUGAGCUCAAUCUGCAGUACAGAAUGAACAGUUCAAUAAUGCGUCUGAGUAAUGAGCUGGUGUAUGAGGGAGCAUUGAAAUGUGGCUCUCGGGACGUGGCAGAGGCCCGUCUCCAGCUGUCCAACAUGGAGAAUGUGAGAGCAGAGCUGAGUGGCAUGAUGCCUGCCUGGCUGGAAUGUGCAUUGAGCCCGCAGCCUGUUCUUUUCUUGGAUACAGAUAAUAUAUCAGCUACAGAAAGUUAUGAUGCUCAGGGAUUGGUGAAGAAUGAUUUAGAGGCAGACAUUGUUUGCCAAUUAGCCAAGUGUUUUCUUAGGGGUGGGUUAUCCCCACAAGAGCUUGGCAUCAUAGCACCAUACAGAAACCAGGUGAAAGUCCUUCACACUCGUCUUGGUGGCUCUGGAGAAGUGGAGGUGAACACGGUGGAUCAGUACCAAGGCAGAGACAAGAGUGUCAUCAUCAUCUCCUUUGUCAGGAGUAAUUCCAAGGAUGAUUCCAGCAGUAAAGGCAGGGGUGGAACGGAGAUACUUUGUGACUGGAGAAGACUGAAUGUUGCUGUGACAAGAGCAAAACACAAGCUUCUCUUUGUGGGCAGUGUUUCCACUCUAAAGAAGUAUCAGCCUUUACAGAAAUUGAUCCAGAUAUUGAACCCAGAGGAAAUAUGCCAGAUAACCUCAGUACCAGACAGAUGAAGGCAGUCUGUGAGGAGGCCAGCUAUGCCAAUACAUGAGGAGCUAUGUCACAAUAAACUAUAUCAAGGGCAAAAGAAAAAAUCUUUAUACAAUUAAUGACUUUGGUUGAGGUUGUUUCAAGAUUAUACCAGAAGCUGUAUAUUUUUGAUGUCUGAUUGACAUUUCCUUUUUUUUUCAGAUUGUCAUGUAUGGUGACGUCUUCAUUGGUCAGUUUUGCAUUUUCUCAGGACUAGCAUUUCCAGAUAUAAAAUCAUAAUAAUGCUAUUUAUAUUAUAUCAUUUAAUUUAUUGUGAAAGGAAAUGUUGAUAGUAUUCCAAAUCUCUUUUCUCAUCUGCCAGUAUACCAAGUGAACAAAAAUGUGCAAAUAAUUUUGUAUUUCAAGUUUUUAGUUUUUGUAGUAAGUUAAAACAAAAUAACAUUUUA